CGUUGAGGCAGGAUUGUGACGUGAAAAGCUGAGGGCAGAAAAUAGAGUAAACGGUCCAGGAAAUAAUCAGGGAAUAUGGCGUCUUCUCAGCGUAUUAAUCUUGAUCAACCUCGUUAUGAUCAGGGGACAUUUGAAGGCCGUGCCAAACAUUUCUUCAUCACAACUAACCCUCUGAACCUGUUUGUGUCUGGAUCAAAGCUGGAUGAGGCCAAGUCCAUAGUGGAGCGUUACAGAGCUGGAGAGAAGCUGUCACACCUGACAGAUGACGAGAUCUGGAGAGCUAAACACCUGUACGACUCGGCAUUUCAUCCUGACACUAAGGAGAAGAUGUUUCUGAUUGGUCGGAUGUCUGCUCAGGUUCCCAUGAAUAUGACCAUCACAGGCUGUAUGAUGACCUUCUACAAAACUACCCCUCAGGUUAUAUUCUGGCAAUGGAUAAACCAGUCAUUCAAUGCUGUUGUCAACUACACCAACAGAAGUGGCGACUCGCCUAUACCUGUGAGACAGCUGGGAAUGUCGUAUGUUUUGGCUACGAGUGGAGCUGUGGGCACAGCCCUGGGUAUAAACAGUAUGAUUAAGAAAUUCCCCCCAAUUUUAGCUAGAUUUGUCCCUUUCACUGCUGUAGCUGCUGCAAAUUGUAUCAAUAUUCCAUUCAUGAGGAGCAGAGAACUGACUGAAGGCAUUCCAGUAUUUGAUGAAAAUGGUAACAGAUUAGGAAAUUCUACAAAAGCUGCCUCCAAAGCUAUUGGUCAGGUUGUGUUUUCACGUAUUGCCAUGGCAACACCAGGAAUGAUGAUUCCUCCUAUAAUAAUGCAGAGUUUGGAGAAGAAAUCUUUCUUGAUGAAAUACCCAUGGAUGAAUGCUCCAAUUCAAGUUGGCCUUGUGGGACUUUUCCUGGUUUUCGCCACGCCCUUGUGCUGUGCACUUUUCCCUCAGAAAAGCUCAAUCUCAGUGUCACAUUUGGAACCAGAAAUUCGGGAGAAAAUUCAAGCUCUUCCCAACUCGCCAUUGACUGUCUACUUCAACAAAGGCUUGUAGGAGACCACCCUAGGACUAACAGAGAUUCCCAUCUACAUGAAUAUGCACAGAGCAAGAGUUAUUCAUCCUUUAUGUUACUCAGCAUUUUUCUUCCUUUGAUUGUUACCUGGUUGCUUUGCUUCCCCAAAACACUCAGGCAUUACAGAGACAAUAGAUGCAAUUUUUCAUUCAUGACUUCUUAGUAUAUAGUACAAAAAUUCUAAUACUGGUUCGUAUGUACAAGGUUAUUGAAGGUGAUUUUUAAUUUUGAAUCAAUCUGUAAUCUCUUGUGGCAAUGUAACUUAUAUUUCAUCUUUAUUUAUUAAUACAUUUCUAAACACAUGCGGAGAAUUUCUUAAGUUGAGAUAUUGUCAUGAAACCUUUUGAGGCAAUUUUAGUAUUACAGUAGUACUAAUAUUUUUAUCUUAUUAAGAUAUAUUUUUAUUUUAUUAAGAUCUGAUAAAGAUUAUUCUUGUCCUGUUGAACGAAUAAGUAGAUGGUAACUGUUCACUUUUUCCAGUUUCGGUUGUUAAUUUUUGUUUUUCUGAACCUGGGGCCAGUCUUACGCACUUUCGUAACAUGUGUCUGGUACAGUAUCCCUAAUGGCACACAGCGAACAGGGCCUUAGCAAGGAAGGGUUCUAGGGUUCAGACAUCACCAUUCACGCAAAGUUCCACCUUAAUUCAGAAAGUUUUAGGCUUUGAUUGGUCCAUAAAGCGACCCCCCCCCCCUUCUCUCCCCUUUAGAAAGCUACAGGUGUGAUGAAGACAUACAGGUAUGUUAUCAUGGUACAUACACUGGAUACAGCAUUGUACCUUGUAAAUCUUGCUCCAGACCCAUUUUUGUGUUAUUUAUAGCAGUUUGAUGCGUGUCAAAUAUUAGUAUGUUUGAAUCAGUGUGUAUAAAGUGUAAAGAUAUAAACUCACUUUUAUUGUUACACAUCACACUUCAAUAUUGUUAUGCAGGUUUGUCAACCUCCCAUAAACCUAGUGCUUACCAUAUUUAAAACUGGUCAUUUUUCUUUCCAUUGUUUUUUUUUUCAGCAAGACCAUAUAUCCCAGAAAAGGCGAAAAGAUAUAUAGCCGAUACCUUUCUAGACAACAUCAGAUAUUGUUAAUUACCUCUGAAAGUGUCAUGCAGCUUCAUUGGACUUUUACAGUAUCUUUGCAAAGCGGAGAUAUACAGUGAUGUAUGUGCACGAGUGCUACUCUGAUCAGAUUCUGUAAUUUGUACAUGUAUUUGUAGAUAUGAUAGCUGAAGCUUUUUGUGAGCUUAUGAUGCUCCGUUGUGAGCUUAUGGUGCUCUCUUGUGAGCCUAUGGUGCUCUCUUGUGAGCUUAUGAUGCUCCGUUGUGAGCUUAUGGUGCUCUCUUGUGAGCCUAUGGUUCUCUUUUGUGAGCCUUUGCUGCUCUUGUGAGCUUAUGAUCUCGUCAGCUUGUAUGAUGGAUCUCUGAUGAUCUCUAUAAUGACGUGUAAAUAUGUACAUGUAAUAUAGUGCAUUAAUCAGUAUUACACCGUUUACCUACUUUACUGCUAUCUCGUCUUGCAUGAACGUAUCUGAAUUCUCAUACAGACUCACUGUAAAUGCUGUAUGUAUAUGAUUUCUGCUAGGAAAUCCGGCUGAACUGUACUACCAGGAGUAGCAAUAAGGUGUACAAUGGUAUGUAUAGCACAUGUGCAUGUGUCGACGUGUUUAUAAAAUUUAAGACUGUCUGCUGACCAUGAAUACGUUGAGCAGAUAUCUGCCAGGAUGUUGUCAUUUGUUUGUGUGGUACAUAAUGUGACCUGUUUGUGCCAUGGGCAGUUGCAUAGUUUAUAGUGCUAGGGGCAAGAAACUAAGCAAAAAAUUCUGAGAUUUGUGUCUUAAUCUUCACUACAAGUACAUUCAUUGAAAUCAGGCUGCACUGUACAUGUUGUGUUGGGUCUAGCGUUGUCACAGGUAAAGCAGUGUUCAGGCGAUGUGUUUAGUUCUGUUGACUCAUCAGAUUCAGAUAGGACAAGUCUGUUCAUGAGCUGCAUUCAGCCAGUGUGAUUGGUGUGAAAGUGUUUGUCCAAUUGUCUAUGACUAGUUUGAUUCGACACUCUCACCAUGUGACCACACCUUUAUAAUCAUAGUGCUUUCUGGUUGUCCAUAGCAUUGAUUUUUAUAGUGCUGUCAGGCAUUAUAAGCAGGGACUGGUUGGAGGCUCUUGUCCCUAGUAUUGAUGUUUGAAGUGCUGUCAGGCAUUAUAAGCAGGAACUGGUUGGAGGCUCCCGUCCCUAGCAUUGAUGUUUGUAGUGCUGUCAGGCAUUAUUAGUACGGGUAAUAAUAACUUGCCAGAGUCCGCUAGUCAAGGUAUAGUAGAAGAUUGAGCAUAACUGUGCACAGUUUUACAAAACCUGAAUGAGCUGUUAGUUGUGGUAAAUCAUGUAUGCUUGUGUUUGCAUAAAGGGAGUUGCUUUUUUCACGAAACCGUAUGAUUGUGAGUGCAAAUAACUAGCCAUGCAUUUUUAAAAUGUUAUUCUAAUGUAUGCCUAGAGAGUCAAAUGUCCUGUGUGAGGUGAACUAAAGAUAGAGACUGGAAGUGAAAGCAAGUUUAUUGUACAGUUGUGUAUUCUCUUUUAUCAGAUAUCAUUAAAUCUAUUCUAAAUCUUUAUGGAAUCUGUUGAGUCAGCCUCUGAAAUGAUCUUAAUGCAAUGCGUGCUAAAAGUCAGUCACAUAAACAUGCAGGUGAAAGAUGUCAGAGUUGCGAGUCAUAUUGUGCAGGUUGCAUCAAAACUCCUGUUUACUGUUCAUGUUCAGCCAAUAAUCUGACACUGGUAUUAGAAGGCAUACUGGAGUUCUGUAUGUACAACAGGCAGUUGCUUUAAGUGAAAGCCAUGAUAUCAAAAAAGGUUUCAUUAACUUAACUGUACACUAGUUAGAAAUCUGAAGAUCUCUGUAUUUUCCAUUUUUGUGAAUACAUGUAAAAAGAUAUUGCUACAUGAUUAUACCAAGACCAGCCUCAUCAGUGGUUCAUCUCAACACUUCUCUCCAUUACACCAUGUGAAUAAUGAAUAAAUGGUUAGGGAAUUGCGGCAUACAACUUUUAUCUCCUCAUGUCUCUUUUAUACAUGUAGUUGUCUAUAUUUUUUGGUUUUGUUUUCUGGGACCGGAGUUUAGAACCCAAGUUUGAAUUACAAUCCUGGUGACAAGCAAAUGUAAUCUUCUUUAUUGUGUUAAAGUCCGGGGUUCUGAAGAAAAUCCAUCACGGAUGAUGGAUUGUAGACCACUGCCAAACACCUGUGGGUGAAAACUCAAAUUGAGAGCCAAGGCAGUGUAUGCAUCAGGCCUAAUCGGAACGUGAAUCCAUACCUUUUUGGUCAAAGUCUGAAGAUAAUCCACUGACAUCAGGAAUUUAAUAGUAUUCAUGGUAACAUGUCCGUGUACAUGUCACAGGCUGGAAUCCCCAACAU